CGAUCUCCGCACGGCGGCUUUGGGCCUCGCGAGUCGUGCGGGGGUGGGUGGGGGGAGCAAGGAGUCUGCCCGGAGGGCCCGCUCGUUUUGGCCGCGGAGCGAGAAUAAGCUUCCAGGGCCCAUGAAGCCGGACCACUACAGCGGGCCCUAAGUGGCCCCAUUGCUAAGGCUCCCUCUUUCUCUCUCUCUCUCUCUUUCCCUACGCCUCAGCUGGGGCUCAGCCGGUCGGUGAACAGAUUGGCUCGCAAGUCCCUCCCGCCCGUCGUCCCCUCGCCUUCUCGGGGAGGACAGCGGGCCGUCUUGGGGACGAAGAGGAGUAGAACCGAAUACACACACAGACACACAUGUAGCAGCUACUCUUAGCACGAACUAUCGCAGAGAAACCUCUAGAAAGCUUAUCUUGGCGCCACACACCCGAUACAACGUCUGUUCUCCAUCAGAAAUUCUUGCCCAGAAGAUUCGUCCCCCGUUUUCUCCUCCGACGUCCUCUUUCCCCGCCAAAGUUCCCCCUCCUGCCUGGGAAUCUACGAAUAGCUCCUCUCCUCGUAACUAAGCUGCUUUCUUCAUUUUCUCCCCCUCUUUCGAUCCACCACACCGUAAAAUGACUGGCUAACUGUACGUCCUUCCCUUUUCAAAAGACCCCCCCCCUUUUUUUUUUUUUAAGAUUUAAAGUUUUUGGGUUUUUUUUUUAAGGAUACGGAAUUGUUCUUUGCCUCGCAUGUCCUCUCCAUCCCUAUUUUUGGCUUCCUGUAGGAUUUUGCCGGCCGCCUCCUCUUCCCACUACUACUACCACCAUCAUCACCGCCUUUGAAUUGGACUUGAACGCCUAAAGCUGCCUCCGAUUUCAUAACCAGGAGAAAAGAAAGAAAGAAAAAAAGAAAGAAAAGUUGCCACCUCGGACCAGAGCCUUCCCCUCCUCCCUCUUUUUUUUCUCUUUUUUUCCCCUCUUUUUGCUUCUCAUCCGCCCACCCCUCCACCCCCAACCCGCCGGCCGACGAGAGCAAAAGGGAGAAGAGGGCGUGUGUAUGCGCGCGCGCGUGUGCGGAGGUGGGGAAAUGUUGGUGUCUCCUUCUCCCUGGAAACGGCGGAGGAACUGAGGCGAAAGUCAAGCAGCGGGAGAGAAAGUUUCCUUGCCGAAACCUGGGCCGGGUAGCGAGGGAUGCUUUCAGAGCCGAACGAGCAUCGGCGGAGAGCUGUGGUGCUGCCGCAUUGUGUUUGCUGAGGAUCUUCCCGCCUGGUGGGGGCUCAGCUUCCUACGAGGAGGAGGGAGCAGCUGGAGCGAAGCAGCUUCUAUCGCCCACCUUCGCUAGUACAUCUUUUAGAGGAGAGAGGUCCUCCGGGUUUUGUUUUGUUUUAUUUUGGGGUGGGUUUUUUUUGCUCUUUUUCGGGCCUCAGUGCAAUGUGAAGCGUGCCCACUAAAAACCCUGAUUUGCCAAGGAUUGGAGCGUCAGCCUAGUACAUGCAUCCGAUAAUCAUCUUCUCAUACAAAAUGGAUUUUAGCCAAAACAAUCUGUUUGGUUAUAUAGAAGAUCUGCAGGAACUUACUAUCAUUGAAAGGCCGGUGCGCAGGAGUUUAAAGACACCAGAAGAAAUAGAGAGACUGACAGUUGAUGAAGAACUCAAUGAUAUUGAAAGGGCUGUGUAUCUACUCAGUUCUGGUCAAGACAUCCAAGGGACAAGUGUGGUUGCAAAUCUUCCAGUCCUGAUGCGACAGAAUCCUACAGAGACACUGAGGAGAGUCUUGCCAAAAGUUCGAGAAGUUCUACCUGUUGCAGGUGUGGAAAUGCAAUUAACAGCAGCUGUUUCUCUUUUGACAAUUCUUCAAGAGGAGUCAAUAUCCAUCCAUACUUACUCUCACUCAUUCUUACAACUCAUUCUACAGAAUCUGGAGCAUAGAGAUGCAGGUGUCAGUAAUGCUUGGCUGGACACACUUCUUGCUGCAAUAGAAGCUCUUCCAAAAGAAACUAUUAGACAUGAGAUCCUGAAUCCUCUUGUUUCCAAGGCACAGCUUUCCCAAACACUUCAGUCUCGCCUGGUUAGUUGUAAAAUCUUGGGGAAAUUAGCUAACAAGUUUGAAGCUCAUAUCAUUAAAAGAGAAAUCCUUCCCCUGGUAAAAUCUCUUUGCCAGGAUGUAGAAUAUGAAGUUCGUUCCUACAUGUGCCGGCAGCUAGAACUAAUUGCUCAAGGAAUAGGAACGGAACUAACAAAAAAUGUAGUGCUUCCAGAACUAGUAGAAUUGGCAAGGGAUGAAGGCAGCAGUGUACGUCUUGCAGCUUUUGAAACAUUGGUAAAUCUGUUAGAAAUGUUUGAUGCAGAUGAUAGAAGUCAAACUGUUCUCCCAUUAGUGAAAUCAUUCUGUGAAAAAUCCUUUAAAGCAGAUGAAUCUAUUCUGGUUUCAUUAUCUUUUCAUUUAGGGAAGCUUUGUAAUGGACUAUAUGGAAUUUUUACACCAGAGCAGCAUUUGCGAUUUUUGGAGUUCUAUAAGAAGCUUUGUACACUGGGAUUAGAACAGGAAAAUGGGCACAAUGACAACCAGAUUCAGCUGCAAACCCUAGAACAGGAAAAGAAAUACAUAUCAGUGAGGAAGAACUGUGCUUACAAUUUACCUGCCAUGAUGAUUUUUGUGGAUCCCAAAAAUUUCAAUUUGGAACUGUAUUCUACAUUCUUCUGUUUCUGUCAUGAUCCUGAAGUACCAGUUAGACAUACUAUGGCUGGUAGCUUCUAUGAAGUUGCCAAGCUUUUAAAUACUGAUGUGUAUAUAAUACAUAAAGAAAUGAUAGCCCUGUUGCAGGAUGAAUCAGUAGAGGUGAUAGAUGCAUUAAUAAAUCACCUUCCUGAAAUUCUUGAACUUCUGUCUACUGGAGGAGAAAACAGUGGAUCAGAGAACAAGCUUUUAAAUUUUCCAGAGUUAAUUCCAGCACUAACAAGAGCUGAACAGAGGGCAGCAACCUCUUUAAAAUGGAGGACACAUGAGAAGCUACUACAAAAGUAUGCCUGCUUGCCUCAUGUCAUCUCAAGUGAUCAGAUUUAUUACCGCUUUUUGCACAGAAUGCUGACAAUCAUUAUGACAAAUAAUGUCCUACCUGUCCAAAGAGCAGCUGCUCGAACACUGUGUAUAUACUUACGAUAUAAUCGUAAGCAAGAACAGAGAUAUGAGGUCAUCCAGAAAUUGAUCGAACAACUGGGCCAAGGAAAAAGCUAUUGGAACAGAUUACGUUUUUUAGAUACCUGUGAAUUCAUCAUAGAACUCUUUUCCAAAUCAUUUUUCUGUGAAUACUUCUUUCUUCCUGUGCUUGAACUUACACAUGAUCCAGUAGCAAAUGUGAGAAUGAAGCUUUGUUAUUUAUUACCAAAAGUGAAGUCAACUCUCAAGGUUCCCACAGACAAACAUUUACUGCAGCAGCUAGAAAUGAGUGUAAGAAAACUUCUAUGUGAGGAAAAAGAUAAAGACGUCUUGAACAUUGUUAAAAAAAUGGUACUAGAACUUGACAGAAUGGAUACCUCUUUAGAUGCCUUUCAGAAGAGGUUUUAUGAAAAUGACCUAUUGGAUCAGCAGAAAGAAAGAGAGGAACAACUUCUUUUGGAAAUGGAACAAUUAGAAAAAGAGAAACAGCAAAAUGAGAGCAGGUCUGCAAAUAUGAGUGAUAAAAUUUAUGAAAAGAAGCGUAGAGACAGUAAAACAUCAUCAACUUUAGCCAAAACUAUCCCAAUGUCUGUUCCUGGAAAUCCUUCAGGCGCUUCAGCAAGCAAAGAAGUAAAAAAGUCUAAAUUGGUUCGAAGUCAGUCUUUCAGUAGUCAAGCUCUGCAGUCAAAAUAUGGCAACAUUGACAAAUGCCCCAGCAAAAGUUCUUCAGUAGGCUAUACUUCUGUGUCAGGAGUAGCAAAGAAUUCUAUGUUUUCAUUUACUGACGAUUCCUUCCGAACUCGUCCUACCAAUGUCAGUGGCACUGCUGCUUUUAACUCUACUUCCACCUUACCAUCUUCUUCUCGUAACACAAAUAACACAGUUGAUCAAAAAAGCAAUGGGAAUAAAGAAAGCCAUUCACGGAAGGAAAAACAGAAAAUCAAACUCCUAGAGCUGGUGAAAGAAAGCAUGCACACCAAAGACCACUGGAGGCAAUGUGGCUGAAGUCAGGAUUGGAUAAAGCUAGAGUACAACCUUGAAUUUAAGGACCAGGAAGGAGGGAUUGAUUUGAUACCAUAAUGUUAACAUCUUCUGUCAGUUAAAUAAAUUCCUAUGUUGUAAAAUAUCUUCAUAGAAAUAAUGUAAUAUGUGCAGAAUGCCAAUGUUGUACGUGAAGUGCUUAAUUCAACGUUACUUUAGCAAUGUGCUUUAAAUCUGCUGCAGCUAAAGAGACAGGGUUUCCCUACUUCCCCCCUCUCAAUUAUGCCUUCUACUAGUUCAGGUUAUUCAGUUUGGAAUGAAAGUGCCCUCUACUUUAAAAUAUAGCUAUUUACAAGCUUAUGGACUCCUAAUUUGCCUUUGCUAUGGAAAUAGGGCCAUAUGUGUGAAAUUGCUCUGCGUAUAAGAAUUAACUGAACAAGUGACACUUUCUCUUACGAAAAAGCUUUUAAAUAUCGAAGAAGCUUCAGUGUGGAAUCUGGAAGCAUGAACAGAAACGUGGAGAAGUGUAGUCCUUUAAAAUAAACUUAUGCUAUAAUUUUAGAUAAUAUUGCUUAUCUAGUGUAUAAAAUGUCAAGAGGAUUUCUUUUCACUUUUUAAUAAGAAACAGAUACCUCCAAAUAGCAUAUGAAUGAUUUCUUAAAUUUCACAUUGCAAUUUUAUUGUACAAAUACUUUGUUUUAAUUUACCAGUAUAUCCUAUUGUAGUUUCUCUUUAUCCAACAUUUUAGAGAUGAUUAAUCUAGUUUUUAAUUAGUAGUUAAUUCAAGCCAUCAUGCUUUUAGCUCUAUCAACAUCAUUCUGUUUGUAUUCAUGCUAACAUUCCUAUCAAAAUUUGCCUGCAAAGUGCAGUUCUAUUUAAAACAUUCAAUUUAUGCCAAUACUUGAGAGAGACUGUAUGAAGCUAUUGUCAGCUUCUCUACUUCACAAAUGCAAUCAGCAAAACUAUAUUGAUAUCAGACUAUCUGUUUUUUUAAAUAUGUUGGUGUAUGAUAAAGAUAAUCUAAUUUGUGAAUGAAUAAAUGUGUGGUUACUUUUUACAAUGUGAAAUAAUGAAUGCUUUAUGCACAAUAAAACUUAGGCCAUUAAAAUACUGGAAUGUUUUGGGUGGGAGAGAUUUAAUUUGCAGCUUUUAAUUUAAAUUAAAAAAAAAUGGAGACAGUAAUAUUCUGUAUCCAUUACACUAGUGAUUAAUAUAUAAGUCUAAUAUACAUGCAGCAUAGCAAAACUUCUCUGUUCCUAUAGUGGCGAACCAACCCCUUAAAGAAUAAGCUAUUCACUUCAACACUAAAGUAGCAACACCAGUAGCUGGAAAGUGGAGUGGAGCAUGUUUUCUAUGUUGAAGAUCUUAGUUUCAAUACCUGGUCUUUCCAGAUGGGUCUGCAAAUGAUAUCUGUUUGAAGCUCUAGAAAACUGUUGCCAUAUUUAAAUGAUAUUGAGCUCCAUGAACCAGUGGUUUGCCUUGGAAUAAGUGGAUUUUUUGUAUUCUUAAGAAAUUUACAUUCACAGUAUCAUGCGGAGAACAUUCAGCAAUCCAAAUGUAGCAACUAAAUUCCUCCGUGAUAUUUCUUUAUCAUCUCAUCUAUAGACACUGUCCCAGAUUUCAUCCAGUGUUAGUCCUUUUUAACUAACAUCCAAUAUAGCCUUCCCUUAUGAUGCAACUCAUACACUGUUUCCCAAAAGUGAAACUUUCCAGUAUUUUGUGGGUAUUGCCUUUUGCUGAGUGCUCCAUAAUUAUAAAUUCUGUGAUAAAGUCUGUAUAGUGGUCCUUUGGGUUCAAAGAAGAAGCACUGGUGCAAUUAUCCGUGGACACAGGAAUGGCUCUGUAGUCCCAGUCUGGAGGUAUAGAAUCUAGCACAAUGGGGGCACUGGAAACCCAUCAAUGUGGGCCAUGGGGGGCUACUGAUGGAACAGGCCACCUGCCUAAGACCACCCAAGGCUUCCCCGACCCACAAUAAAAUACCUCAUGCUACCCACAAUUGCUUUCCCCCCGAUCUGCCGCGCUGGGUCACUUACCUUGUGAAGAUCUAGCAAGCAGUCUCCUCAUAGGUUGCCAGCCGAAAUGGAACCUCCGGAGGGUGCAUCUGGCCCUCCGAGGCUCAAUUCAGCCCUCCGUGGCCCUCCCCCAGCCCAUUGUAGGCAGAAAUACAGCUUCCGGGGGGUGGAUCCGUCCCACGGAUGCAAUGGGCUGGGGGAGGCCCAUGAGAGCCUGUUGUGGUCUGCCAGCAGCGGAGCCGGACAAUGAGGAGACUGGGGAGGACAAUGGGCCAGUCCUAGAGUCACCGGAAGACCCGGACGAGGGCUCUGCAUCGGAGGCAGAGAUGGGGCCAGGGCCAUCUGGGAGCGAUGCGCAGACUUCGGAGCCUCCAGAGGCGGACAGCAGAGAGGCAGAGGAACAGGAGAAGCCUGUUCCUAGUGCAGGCAUGCGAAGAGCUGCCAGAAGGCAAGAGCAGCUGAAGAAAAAAGGACAACUCAGGAGUAAGGCCAGAAGAUGAUUGGCCACUCCCGUGAGACUUAAAAAAGCAGCAACGAGCCAUUGGCUUCUUUGUAGAAAAGCAAUGUUGAUUCCCAUGCUUCUUGUCAGCGUCUCUUGAACUUUGUGGGGCUUUUGCCAAGAAAAGCCUUUGGCAGGUUGUCAAAGACAUCAAAGGUUGGUGAUAAGGCCAACGGACUAGUUAUUAAGAAUUUUGUUUUGGACUAAGCUGAGAAUGAAUUAAUUCUCAGUUGUUUUAAUAAAAUAAGUUUGUUGAGGACUGAA